AUGAUGGGGGGUUCAGAAGGGGAAAACAUACAGCAGAGUUCGAGGUUCUUGGCGACCUGCCUGAUCGGAGGAGUGGUCCUCGGGGUGUCCCUGUUCUGCUUUGCUUUGCCUCAGAGUCCGCUGGCAAUAUGGGGAAGGAAGAAAAAAAAGAGGCCCAUAAGGGUGUACAUGGAUGGCUGCUUCGAUAUGAUGCACUACGGCCAUUGUAACGCCCUCCGUCAGGCUCGAGCCCUUGGCGACCAAUUGAUUGUCGGCGUUGUCAGCGAUGCCGAAAUCACUGCCAACAAAGGCCCUCCCGUCACUCCUCUUCACGAGAGGUUUGGUUCUGCUGCGCAUCCUUGA